AUGAAGAAAAUUAAGCUGAAAGAAAUCAUGCGUAAUGUAGUAAAAAAAACAGAGGCCGAGGUCGAGGUCAAAUUUCAAAUCGAUAACGUACCAGAAAUGAUGGUUUCACUAAAAUUGAACCCCAAUAUUAGCUUAAAAGAUGUUAGGGGAGAACUCAAUAAAAAAAAUUUUAAUAUGGAAUACAACGUAUUUAUAAAAGAAAAGCACGAAAUUUUAGACGAGGAUAGAUGUUUGGGAGAUAGCAUGGAUGAGAAACGCAUAGUUCAUCUUAAAAGGAAACCGAACUGGAAAACACUUGCCUAUGAAUUGGGAUAUGGAUAUAACAUUUCAAAAUUGGGA